AGUGAAGUGUGUGUGAGAUUUACAUAGUGCUACUUGCUCUUCUGUAUAUCCUCCCAUUCCUCUCUAUAAAACACCGCUGUAAAUAUGUCUGCCCCAAGUGCACAGGGUCCUGGUGCUUCAGGAGUGGCGGGAAGCAACCGCAGAUUGCAGCAGACUCAGACUCAAGUGGAUGAGGUGGUGGACAUCAUGAGGGUGAAUGUGGACAAAGUCCUGGAGCGAGACCAGAAGCUCACUGAGCUGGAUGACCGGGCAGAUGCUCUUCAGGCUGGAGCCUCCCAGUUUGAGACCAAUGCUGCCAAACUCAAGAGGAAGUACUGGUGGAAGAACUGCAAGAUGUGGGCCAUUCUGAUAGUUGUGCUCUUAGUCAUCGUUGUCAUCAUUAUCAUUUGGAGCCAUUCCUAAAGCAGCAGGAAACGAAGAAUCGGUGUGACGGUUGUGAUGGGAGACUGGAUGCAAAGUAUGCAAAGUAUUAGCCGAUACACAAACAUGGAGAGCUCAUUCUUCCUGAACCAAAGCUGUUCUAGCCUGCUGAGUUUCAAAAAGCUUAGGAUGUUUUGUAAAAUAUCCUUUAAUUCUGUCUUUUUUUUUUUUUUUUUUUUUUUUUUUUUACGUUUUGGUUUUAAUGAUGUAAUUUAAAAUGACCUGACAUGUAAAGACUUUUUUUUUUUGCUUUAACACCGUUUGUUUUCAUCUACACUCCUUGAUAUUAAUAACUGCUAAUGUCAUAGUGCCAUAAUUAGUCACACAUGGUGCUUCACCAUUUUUGGAAUAAUGAGGCCUAUUAAUAAGAUUUCAGUACGAAUUGUUGUAGAUCCAGUCUGUUGGAGUACAGACUUUGAAGUGUGUUGACUGAAAAAUAUGCCUUUUAUCUUUUGAUCAGCAGAGACUGUAUUGUUUAAUAAUGCAGUGCCUUAUCAUGUUAGUGCCACUAUGAUGCCACUUAAAUGCCUUAGAACAAAAGAAAACCCAUAAAUCAAAAAUGCCAAAGUAAUUUACUAACUAAAAAUUUCAUAUGAUGCUUUAUAUGUACAAACCUGUUGCAUUAUAUCUAAAAUGAUUUGGAAAUUAUUGCUAUAUGCUUAGCUAGACAAUAGCUUUUUGCUAUGUUAAAAGCACAUGCAUUAGUGUGUGUGUGUGUGUGUUUUCUGUGUGUUUGGGGGGGUCCUCAAUAUCUGAUUUGUCCUCACAGCAACAAAACAGUUUUUCUAACUGUGUUUAAUAUUUAAAUCUUAAAGCAUUAAGAAUAUAGUUUGAAGGAAUUGAUAUAGUUAGUGCUUUUGAUUGUUAAACACUAACAUUCUAAUAAAUAAUAAUAAACAUCAGCUCUAAAUGGUUUGACUAAUACUAUUUGUUGUGUAACGUAGGAAACACCACAUAAAUACAUUUGUAAAAAGGAAAGCAUUUUUGUGUUUAUUUUAUGGUUUUUAUUUGUCUGUAUAACUGCUAGCAUUGCUUUAAACACUUCUCAGGUGGUGUAGAGCCGGCACAACACUGAGUUUUUAAAAUGUAAACAAAUUGGAAACAAAAAAUUAUUAUCAAUUAUAAGGUGGUCUUAUGAAACUGCUUUGCUUAUUGAACUUGUACAAGCGAAUAAAUUUGAUUUCAUA